UUAGUGUUGACUGCUACCAAACAUGGCGGACGAUCUGGGAGAAGAAUGGUGGAAAGAUGAGGCAGACAGAAAGGAGAGUGAACCCAGCGAAAAUGAGCAGCCUCCAGGUGAGGACAGACAGGAUGAUGGACCACCAAAGAAGAAGAGGAAAAGACACAGGAAACGCAUAACAGAUGAGUUAAAGGAAAAAGGUGACAAUCCGAGCAGCCCAGAAGAUGUGAUAGCUUUUCUUACUAAGCAGUUUGAAGGAAAACUCUCUGCUGUGGAAAGAGAUGAAAUUUCAUUAGAUCCAGAGGCCAAUUUUUGCAAGGCAAACACAAGUCCUGAGUUUGGUGUAGCAUAUUUACGACAGGUGCUGCCAAAGUGGAAGAAACUGAAGGCAGGGGUUGAGGGCCAUGGCUCCCCAGUUCUUUUAGUGAUCUGCCCAUCUGCCUUGCGGGCCGUCGACCUCAACAGAAAACUGCAAGAAUUUAAGGGAGAAAAGUGCAAAUGUGUCAAGCUGUUUGCUAAACACAUGAAGUUGGAAGAGCAACAGAAGUUUCUGAAGAAGUCAACUUGUCACAUGGGCAUUGGUACCCCAAGUAGAAUCCUGGCACUCAUCAAGUCUGGUCAUCUCGGGUUGGAUCAGCUAUGUGCAGUGGUCAUUGACUGGAACUGGCGUGAUGUGAAGCACCACCGCCUCGUUGACGCCCCGGAAUUGAGGACCGAACUUGCGAAUCUACUCAAGACCUACAUCAUACCACACAUCAAGUCACACUCAAAGUGUAAAAUUGGAAUAUUAUGAUAAAUAGUUGAACAAACA